UAUGCCUGCCGUCUGACACAGUGAUAUUCUUGAUUCCGAUUUUCUAUUUAAUGUUUUUAAGAAUUAAAGUACUUGUUAUUCGUCACAUUACUCUUGAAUUUGAUUUUGUCUGAUCCGUUCUUUUUUUAUUAUACAUUUUCUCUUUACACUUUACAGUUUACACAUUUGUACGUAUUGCAUUAUCAUCUCUUAAGUUGGAAUAUUACGAUGAAUUGUGUUCAACGCAAGGCCUGACAGUCUAACGUUUCUUUGUUGAUUCCUCAAAAACGUUUUAAAUUGACCUAGUGUUGAAAAACUCUUUUUAACAGAUGUAGGAGUAACAGGUAUGGUACAUUAUAUUUUCAACCUCAUUUUCAAUAGAACAUGUAUUGUGGGAAAUUCAUCUUUGUUAAACUUUUUAAAGCUUUCAUAGUAUUUUUUGGAUUGCUGUCAGAUGAGUUUAAAGAAAACAGUUUCCAUUUACUUUUCCACAGUCUCCAUUCACCUUCAAUAAUUGAUAGAUUAUAAUUAUCUUCAAAAUCCUGAUACCGUGGUAUCAGUCAGUAAUAUAAAAUGUUAAAAAUUAAAAACAACUGUCAAGCCGAUUCCUAUAUUAUUAAUUAUUUAGUUUCCACGUAACAAUUAUAAAUAAUUUUAUAAACAUUAUAUAAUAAUGGAUACCCAUGCUAAUUUUAAUGAAAAUGAGGAAUCAAUUGAAUGCUGUAAAUCUAAUAUUAAACUAAUAGUUGAUAUGAUUACAUUUGGAAAAGGCACUCUGUAUGUUACUGAAAGUAAACUUUACUGGAAGAAUAAUGCUAAUAGUCAAGUAAUUAGUAUUAAUUAUGAUAUUAUGUGUAAAUAUAAUGUAUCUCGCCAUCCAGAAGUACGUAAAAAAAAGCCUUAUCUGCAAAUGAUAGUUGAUUUUAAUUAUAUACCUGAUGAAAUUGAUCAACAAGAAGAUGAGGAAGAUGAAAAAUUUAAAUCUAUAAUUAAACUAGUACCUGAUAACCCAGAAUGUCUAAAUGAAAUAUUUGAAGCAAUUGCAAGUAUCCAGCCAUUACAUUUUAGUGAUAAUGUUGACGAUGAAGAAAGUGAAAGUGAUGAACAUGAAGACUCUGAUAAAAAUUCUAAUACUACUAUUACUUCAACUGGCGCUCAAGAAGAUCAAGAAGCAGGCUCUACUGAUAUCUCUAAUCAAUAUCAUAAAUUAGAUGAAAAAAGUGAUGUAAAAGAAAAUCCAGUAAAUUCAAUCAAAGGUCUAGAUGUUCCACAUUCUCCUAGUGAUUCUUUAGAUGAUAAUGAGUAUUCACACGAUUCAGAAAAUGAUGACUUAGAAUUAAAUAAUAGUAAAUCAUCUACUUCGUGCUCUAAUGUAUCAUCAAGGGCAUCAUUACAUUCUGACAUGGAUUUAGCCUCUGCAUCCGAAGAUGAUAUUUUAUUACAAGAUGAAGAAGUAUUAAUUAGGUCACCUUCUUCAUACUUAGAAAUAUCAUCAAGGGCACCAUUACAUUCUGAAGGGGUUUUAGCCACUGCAUUCGAAGAUGAUAUUUUAUUACAAGAUGAAGAAGUAUUAAUUAAUGAAAGAAAGCGAAAAUUUGAAGAUUUACCAGAACAAGAAGAGAAGCCUACUAAGAUACGUAAACUGUGGAACUUCAUGAAAUAUCCUUUUCAAAAAAUAACUUCAUUUAGUACUUCAAUAAGUGAAAAUGAACCAAAUACUUCCAUAACUGAAGCCAUAGCUGGGAAAAAGAAUUCCUUAGAACCAGAGACUGCUGUUUGUGAAAACAAUAGUGAUAUUGUAAAACCUGUAGAAGAAACCUCUCAAAAUAAUUCUGAGACAGAUGGAGAAAAUGAGGAUACUUCACAAAAAUUCUGUAAAAUAAUGUAAUAGAUGCAAAAAGAUAUAAAUUGACUAUUGCAAUAUUCUUGUUUUAAACAAGUGUAUAUUCAUAUUAGUUAAAUAAUACAUUUAAUAUUUUAGCUGUAUUGACUCAGUUAGUCAAAUAAAACUAGGCCCCACAAA